AUGUCUGAAGACUUGAACAAAGAUGAACGGCUCCAGGCGGCCAGAAGGAAGUUUGAGGAGCAAAAAAAAAAGAUGAAGAAGAAAAGAGCACAUUCGAUUGACUUCACCAAAGUUAUACCUACUGCCCCAUCUGCCUCCACUGCCACUGCUCCACCACUACCAAGACCAGGGCCACCAUUAAGUGAAGCUGCCUCGAAACCUCCAAUUACAUCUCACAAUGCUAAAAGUCCAAGAACUUCCCUGAUUUCAGAGCCCCCGCACUCGGGGAUUGCUGCUGUUGAAGAGCCUCCAAAGACUUUGAUCCACGAUUAUGAGAAUGAGAUUCAAUCGCAAGCACCUGCUAAUUCUGGAUCAAUUGCUGGAGAAUUUGGACCUACAUCUGUUUCUGAAGUAGUUGAUUACACGGUGAAUUCGCCUUAUGAUCAACAACCUCAAGUAUUCAACGAGAGUAUACUAGAAGUUGAUGAAAUGCCUCAAGAAUUGGAGCCUCAAGAAUCUGCUCAUGAACCUACUCAUGAAUCUGUUCAUGGGUCUGUUCAUGAAUCUGUUCAAGACUCAGUUCAAGACUCAGUUCAAGGCUCAGUUCAAGACUCAGUUCAAGACUCAAUUCAAGACCCAGUUCAACCAAACCCAGAAGAACAUGCUAUCAAAUCUCCUGAGCAAUCUGCCCGCAGAACAGAAAAAGACUCCUCGAAGUCAAUUCAACAGGUUUCAUCUCCCCAACCAAAGAGAUACCAGCUUACUGCCGAGGAUUUGUUUGGACCUUCGUCUACCUCCGAAGAUGCAUUUUCAUUCUCGCAUCCUCCUGAACUUACCCAAGAGCCAAAACAAUCGUCAAGUGAGAAGCUGUCCGAAUUGAACGGGAGUGGACAUACCAGUGUCUCCAAGAAUUCAUCUGUUCCACGGGUUGAUCCUAUGGAUUUGUUUGGAGACUCGACUGGCCUGGCUGACCCUUUUGCUGUUUCUCAACCGAAGGCUCUGACUCCUCCACACUCUGCUAGUCACUCCUCCACCAAUAUCACGACCCAGUUCGCUAGUGAACCAAAAGCUGAUGCUCUAUCGUCCCAGAUAUCUCCACCCUCUAGAUCGGACUUUGAGGAUAUCUUUGGAGCGCCUCAUGAAGCAAACACUGAUUUUGAUGAUUUGUUCAAUUCGCAUGCCAAGCUGACAGUUCCUGUGAGAGAAGAGCAGAGUGCAACUGACUUUUUCAAGACCAGUGAGAAGGAUCCCGUUGCAAAAAAGGAUCCCGUUGCAGAAAAGGAUCCCGUUGCAGAAAAGGAUCCCGUUGCAGAAAAGGAUCCCGUUGAAGGAAAGGAUCCGUUUGAAGAAAGAGAGCUCGUUGAAGAUAAAAUCAAAGAACGCAAUAAUGAUCUUGAAGAGGCGCAAGUGAACAAGUAUAUUGAAGGUCCACCUCAGGAGUCUGAGCCCUCACAGUCACAUACCCAGAAGCAAUUAACAGUAGAGGAUCUUUUCGGCGCAGAUGACAACUCUGGUACUGAUCAUCUUUUUGGCCCUUACUCGGACCACCAACCACCACUUAUCACAGAGUCUAGUGCUCACACACCUGCCAAAUUCACUGCCGAGGAAAUAUCCAUAACUCCGAAUGUCACCGAUGAUAAGGCAGCUGAUUUGUUCGAAGUUGACUUGAAUGACGACGGUGCUGCUAAUUUUUGGGACUUUGGCAAUACAACUCAUUCCGCUAGUUUAGCCUCGGCAAAUGAACAGUCUCAUGAGAAAACGGCGUCUCUUGAAACUCCAACUCAGGAUUAUACGAGCGAAAUUACUUAUACUUCGCAGAUCGAUACUGAAACAGCGGAGAUUGGGGAAACUUUUUUCAAUGAUGGAAGAAAGGCAAACAAAGUUGAGUUUGGAUCGGUGACCAAAAUUGAGCCUGUUGAAGAUUUUACAACAGUCGCUGAAUCGGUUGCGAGAUCUGAUGAGAUUGCCGGGUAUGAGCCAAUCACCGAAUCUAAAGAAGACGUUCUUGGAGAUACUGUCACUGAAAAUGUUGCCUCUAAACCUGCCCCAUCUGAGCCUGUUGCUUCCGAGCCCGAUACUUCUGAUCAUGUUGCUUCCGAGCAUGAUGCUUCUGAGCGUGUUGAUACAGAGCCUUUUGGAGCUAAAGCAUUUGAAUCUAAACCUGUUACCGAUGUAAAGGAGAUACCUUCAAAUGCUGAAUCCAUUUCAAACGAACUGGAGACUAAGGCUGUUCCACUGAACCCAACUCCAGUUUCAGACAUUACGAAUGCCUCUUAUGAUGAGAUCCAGAAGUUGAAGGAUAUUAUCAAGGAGCAGGAGGAAACUAUCAAAUCACAGGAAGCCAUCAUUCAACGCCAAAGAAUGGAGAAUACAAACAUUAAAUUGAAUCGGAUGGAUCUCAAUGACAAGAUUGCAGAUUUGGAGGAUGAAAUCGAAGAAUUGAAAGCUCAGUUGGCCAAAAAUUCCAAAGACCAUACUAGCGUUCUGUUAGUUUACACCGACUCUGAUCCAUUGUCGGGAUCGAUGGAGCCUCGAAGUUCAGCAGUCUUAUCUUCUUCCAUUGCGUCCCCACUCGCUCUGUCUGCUCCAAUACCAUCAGCUCUGAGCACUAAAUCUCAGGAAGCUCCAGCACCAGUGGCUCCAGCCCAAGCAACAGCCCAAGCAACUCCAAAGCAACCGGUGGCUCCAAAAAAGUCAGAGGCUGCAAAGCAAGAGGUUGAUAUCGACGCCCUAUUUUCUGAUAUCACCAAACCUGCGAUCAAGAAACCUUUCAAUCCUGUGGGUGUGAGUGUGCCAUUUGAAUCCAAGCUGAAAAGUUACGCAUUGGAGGCAGACAGUCUUUUUCCAGAUGCUCCUAAAGAAAAGGAAUCAGUCGCUAAUACUAUCGAUCUGUUAUUUUCACCAUCCGAGCCAAUUACUAUAGCAAGUGGAGAUGAGGCUAGCACAAAGCAUCAAGCCGCAUCCAGCAUCUCUGAUUUUCGUGAGCGGUUGAUGGUUUGGAAGGGCUGGCAAAUUGAUAUGACGCAGUGGGGGGGAAGCACAACACCCAAGGUUGCACUUUGA